UAGACUCCCACACAAAUAUAGGCAUACCCUGGGUUUCUCCAAGACAGGCUAAGGUCUCUCCUGCUGAUGUCUGGGGAAAAAGUCUCUCUAAGGGAGAUCAAAGCUGAGACAGCUAAUACUGAUGCUCCCUGCUCUAGGGUCUCUGAAGUAGAGCAACUCCUGAAGACAGGGAAGGUUUCCUGCAGCCAUGUGGAUGAAGUUUGGCCUAAUCUCUUCAUAGGAGAUGCGGCCACAGCAAACAAUCGCUUUGAACUGUGGAAACUGGGCAUCACUCAUGUGCUGAAUGCAGCCCACGGGGGGCUUUACUGCCAGGGAGGACCUGACUUCUAUGGCUGCUGCGUGAGCUACUUGGGGGUGCCUGCCCAUGACCUCCCUGACUUCAACAUCAGUGCCUACUUUUCUUCCUCUGCUGAUUUUAUCCACAACGCCCUCCUCACACCUGGGGCCAAGGUGCUAGUUCACUGUGUGGUGGGGGUCAGCCGCUCAGCCACUCUGGUCUUGGCUUACCUCAUGCUGAGACAAGGGCUAACUCUGCUGCAGGCUGUGAGUUCCGUGAAGCAACACCGUUGGAUCUUCCCCAAUUCUGGCUUCCUCAGGCAGCUGUGCCAGCUGGACAAGCAGCUUCAGGGAGCAGGGGGAGACUUUCAGGCCUCAUCUACAAGAUGGGCUGCCAGGAAUCUCAAAAUGCUGCAGAGCCAAGGAAUCACUCACAUCCUCAAUGCUGCCCAUGGCAGGUUGGGUGUGUCUACAGGACCCAGUUUUUAUUGUCACUUACCUGUGACCUACCAUGGAAUACAGGCUUUUGAUGACCCUGCCUUUGACCUCAGUGCCUUUUUCCAUGAGGCAGCGAACUUCAUCCAGAAAGCACUGGAUACCCCAGGAGGGAAGGUGCUUGUCCACUGUGCCAUGGGGCUCAGCCGCUCCGCUACCCUGGUACUUGCCUUUCUGAUGCUCAAGAGGCAGCUGACCCUGGUGGAAGCCCUGAGGACAGUAAGUGUCCAUCGAAACAUCUGCCCCAAUCGGGGGUUCCUCUCCCAGCUGCGUGACCUGGACCUAGAACUUAGCCAGGAGCAGCAUAGAGGGAGCAGGGAGAGGCUGAUACCACCUACCACUCUGCAGAGAAAAUAA